CCCUCACUCGUCUGAUUGCAAAAUGGCGGCGCACAUGUGUGUUACUCAAAAUGUUGUUGACACAUGACAGUUUUGAUUCUGUAGAGGGAGGAACUUUUCUUUGAACGCAGAUAUCAACUGGAAUUUGGGAAACAAAUCGAUAAGAAAUGUUUCUCGCCAGUGGCAGGUCCAGACGGAUAAACGUUAAUCAUUUAAAUGGAGCCUUCCAUCCGGAGCAUGGCUUGGUGUGGACCGAUGGCCAACACGUCAACCUGUCGGUCUUAUCUGUCAAUCAUGAUGAUGUCACCGCAGCCCCGCCCACGGUCUUGGGCCAGUUUGAUUCAGUGGAGCAUACAGCCUGGAGUUCAGACACAACGCCAUGUUAUCUAUGCGUUCAGCAAACCGACAGCAUCACGGUGUGGAAAAUCGAUAAGUGCUCAGAGAAACUCAAGUUCGAAAAGACCAACGAAGUCGAGAAACGAGCCAUUUCUCAAGGUUGCUUUUGGCAUCCAAGCAAACCGCUGCUUGUCAUUCUGUGCAGGGAUCGGCUUCUAUUAGUUGACCCAUCGAAAGCAUCCACCCAUGCGGUUCCUGUGAUAAGCUCAUGUCACCGGGUCACUGCAGGAACAUGGUCCCUGGAUGGGUCAAAGGUCAUCAUUGCUGUAGGAUUGCACCUUCAUGUUUAUGAAUUGAAUGAUGAAAAGGAAUUGGUGUUGUCAAGAACAAUACAGAAUUUCUCCGGACCAAUCAGGACACUGGUCUCAGUGACCCCUGACCUCAUUGUCAUGGCGCUAGAUCUGCCAUUGGAGCAGCUGGUUAGCCAAUCCCAGAUGGACAUGUUUGAGGCCAUGCCAUUGGCUGAGCUACGCACGGAGAGUGGAUCUGGAGAUAGUCCGAGGAUACAAGCUGCCACAUGUAAUGAAUCGGAGGUCAAGGGUCACGCAGUAAUGCGACAUUCCACUCCAGAUGAUGAAGGGGACAGAAACAUCAAAACUGAAAUAUUGCACAGGACGGGACCUGUCGAUAUCAACGCCUUGAUUAGAAGGAGAGACGUGAACCAGACCUCUGAGUCCAACACUUACCACCAGACUCUCGACCAAUCAAACCAACCUCCGAAACACAAGGUUAUUCUCGAGUCAGAGGAUGAAAACAAGAAAAAUAGGAAUGAUGUUGGAGAUGGCUUACCAACGGAAGAGCUUUGUCUUGGUGAAGAAUCCAAAGGAGGGUCAGAACGUGACAGUGCCUUGAAUGGGAAUAAUCUCAACCCUGCAUGUGAGACGGGGCUGCAAUUUCAAGAGAGAUCACAUGAGAUUGUUGAUCUGUCUGGUUUUAAACAUCGACCAACAGGAUGGGAAAGCAACAAGGUUGUAUUUAAACGAACACUACAGGAACCUACAACAGAAUCGUCUCAGCUGGUAUUGGUCAGCAUCCGAAGCAACCUUCCCAACGUCCAAGAUAACGCCAAGGAUUGCGUCCUAUCUGCUGUGGAUCUGCCAUGUGUUCUCAAUCCUGAUCUUCUGAUAUAUCAAAGAAAGAACCAGAUUCUUGUAAUCGGCAGUAAUACACAGACGAAAUGCUAUCAAGUCUCCAUACUCAACGGAAAAUCGUUGGGAGGACAAAGAUUAGUCGACUUGAAAAUCUCUAAGAAUGAGAGAUGUCUUGGGUUGUGCACGUUACCAUUCUGCAACGAUAUCCUCCUCCUCACUGGCGAUUCCUCGCAAGGCCAAGACGUCACCUUUCUACCCUCGUCAAGUUUUUCAGAGUUUCAACUGAAGCUACGAACUCUUAAACUGAAUUACACAACACCAUGUGUGGAUGAGAGAUGUGACCUUGAAAGCAUGAAUGACCUCCGACAUCUGACCUUACCAAGCGGAGGGUUAUUGACGGGAACAAGUUCUUCUCAACCAAAUUGCCCAAGAAAAAUUGAAGAAGUAACAGUUGUGUCUGAAAUUUGAAAGCAAGAUACGUGAUGGAAAACAACGUUAUUAUCCUGGUGUGUGUUACAACUAUGAAAUGCUGUACAUUACAGCUUAUAAGUUCAUACAGCUUAUAAAAUCCCAAUACUCUAUGUAUUAAUAAUAAUAAUGAGUAUUUAUGUAGCCCUUGUAUAUAUUCACCAAUAUUGGUGCUUAAGGCGCUACUUCACUCUUACCCUGCUCAUUGGGCAAAUAAAAAACAUUCCAAAGCAAUCUCAGCUGCCAUUUUGGCGCAAAGCAGCUACAAUCAAUCACAAUAACCAUCUCUGACCUCACAGGUACCCAUUUACUCCUGGGUGGGGAGACGCAAUGAGUGACAAAUUGCCUUGCCCAAUGGGCACACACACAAUAGCCACAGGCUGGACUGGAACCCACAACCUGCAGAAUUUCCCGCAGACCACGAACGUAAAUGCUCCAGCUCUUGGCUGUUAAACACAGUCACUUGAUUGAUUUUAGCUGCAAGGACAACUUGGGACAAAAUGCAUGUUUGCAAAGGAAGGUUAUUGAAACAAAUUUGUCUAAUCAAAUAGUGUACUGGUUAUAUUUUGUGAAGUGUAAUUAUGCAAAGUUGUUUACAUGUAUAUUUAUUUCUUGCACAAUUGCCCUGAAGAUUUGUUUAUACAACUUUUGUAACUUAUUGGUGACUUAGGUAAAAAAAUCCUCAUAUCCUUGUUAGAGAGGGAAGCUUACAUUGUAGUUUGAUUAAUCACUACAUCAUGAAUAAAGAGUCAAAAUAAUACCU